CCAGCCAUGGGGAAGAUCACCUUCUACGAGGACCGGGGCUUCCAGGGCCGCCACUACGAGUGCAGCAGCGACCACCCCAACCUGCAGCCCUACUUCAGCCGCUGCAACUCCAUCCGCGUGGACAGCGGCUGCUGGAUGCUCUACGAGCAGCCCAACUUCUCCGGCUGCCAGUACUUCCUGCGGCGCGGCGACUACCCCGACUACCAGCAGUGGAUGGGCCUCAGCGACUCGAUCCGCUCCUGCCGCCUCAUCCCCCACGCUGGCUCUCACAGGAUCAGACUUUAUGAGAGGGAAGAUUACAGAGGCCAGGUGAUAGAGAUCACAGAGGACUGCUCCUCGCUCCACGACCGCUUCCACCUCAAUGAGAUUUACUCUCUCAAUGUGCUGGAGGGCUCCUGGGUCCUCUAUGAGUUGCCCAACUACCGGGGGCGGCAGUACCUGCUGAGGCCAGGGGACUACAGGCGCCACCAUGACUGGGGGGCCAUGAACGCUAAAGUGGGCUCCUUGAGGAGAGUCAUAGAUUUCUAUUGAAAUCAGUUCAUCAUUUCUCAAUCUGGAAACGAAUAAACUAUUUUCUGUUUUCCUGGCA